AUGGAUAGAAACAUUAUUCCCAAAUACCGGGUUUUUGAAAAACUAGCAAAGCUUACGAUAAUCGACAUAAGUCACGAUUCCGGGUCGGUUAGAGCUUUAAGGGCAUUAGAAAUUAUAGCUACGAAAGUUUUGAUGACUCCACUUUUGUAUAUCUUGUUUUCAGUAACAGAUAUUAUCAAUAAAUCCAUGCCUAUUAGAAAACGAAGAAAUGGCCUAAUGCGCUUAAACACAAGAUUCAUCAUGUUCAUCGUGAUAUUGUAUUUGAUACUGAAUAUGAGCCAGAAUUAUUUACCGCGAAUAAUAAAGUCUAUCGUACCAGUCUCAGCUACAGAUUUUCAAAACUCACAAAAGAGUAAUACAAAACCUCGAAAUUCCAAUCCGUAUAUGUUUGAUCAAGAUAGAGAAGAAGAGUUAAAUGAGAUUAUACAACACGCGAUAGCAAUAUACCAUCAAGAUGUGAUUAACAAGGCUGAUUUUGCUCUAAAAUUAAAUGGAGGUCAAAUCAUAUAUUCUCUAACCAGCCAAAGUUUUCAGCAUAUACCUAGAUGGCUUCACUUUCUUCACUGGUACACAUACACACAGGUCACAUUGAACUCACCAGAAAUGGCAAUAUCACCUCAUAUAUAUGUUGGCGAAUGUUGGUCAAUGUUUGGAAGUACGGGCACUUUGGGUAUACAGCUUGGAAAGCCGAUAUUAAUCCAAAGCCUCACUGUGGAUUAUCCAUCAUGUGAAGUCAUGCAUAACAAAAUGGACAUUGCGCCAAGACAUAUUGAAUUAUUCGGAAUUCCGAAUGCAGCAGUACCCAAAAAUGAUCAUGUUUCGUUAGGAUUUGUUGAAUACAAAAUUGAUUGUGGGUCUCCUAUCCAAACAUUCGAUAUAGUUCAGAACCCAGCAACAAUCGAUCUUUAUAGCGCUGUCAUGAUUAAGAUUCACUCAAAUUGGGGGAACAAAAACAACACCGAUAUUUAUCGUAUACGUAUUCAUGGCCUGCCUAUGGAAGAACAAUAA